AUGGGAUGGUUUCUUUAAAUGAUGAUGAUUUCAAUUUUAUUAAUGCUGAUAAUAAGUGAGAGUUAAAAUCUGGUUUAAGGCCUAACCAGGGAAAGUGGAAUAUGUCGGAUUCAAGAUGAGCCUGUAAGAAGGAGGAGGCCGAAAUAAAUGUCCAAACUUGAUGAUAAACCGUAAUCUGGAAAGAAGAGAAAGGAAAAAAUAUGUUGAUUAUUAUCAGCUAAUUAUCAUUAAGAAAGCUUGUUAAUCUGUUCCUUGUUUGGCCUGAAUAGUAUUAUAUUGGUAAAAUAAUUGAGCUCAUUUUUUUGCUUUAAUAUCAAGUUUGCGAUGAAUUAUUAUUAUUAUUAUCAUCAUUUGGACAUUUGGUCCAGUAAUUUUGCAAGGUCGACCUUUUCGUCUCAUAUACAAAGAGGAAUCGACAGUUGAUGCCAAAUCAUUUGUAGAUUGUUGCUCGAUUGAGAGAAGUGAUUUAAAAAAUUUCAAACUUUUUUUAUUUUGCUUCUAACACUUAACAAAUUUAAUCAUGAUUAAAAUAUUAUGGAUCUUGCCUUUAGUGGGCAUCGUCUUAGCAGAUUACGGGCCACCACCAGCCCAAUAUCAUCCACCACCUCCACCUUCAUAUACUAGAUAUGAACCGGAUUAUCCUCGAUCAGAUCAUUACCGACCGUCAUCAUACAAAUCAUACAAGACUCACCAUCCUGAACCUUACCACCCUCAUGGCUACUCUCAUGGAUAUACUCAUGGAUACUCUCAUAAUUAUCAUCCAAAGCCAUAUACUUCAAGACCCUACAAAUACGAAUAUAAACCCGACUACAAACCACAUUACAAACCUGACUACAAACCCGACUAUAAUUCUGAUUAUAAGCCUGAUUAUAAACCUGAGUACAAACCCGAGUACAAACCUGAGUACAAACCUGAGUAUAAACACGAGUACAAACACGAUUACAAACCACACUACAAACCCGACUAUAAGCCCGAUUAUAAACCUGAGUAUAAACCCGAGUACAAACAUGAGUACAAACAUGAAUACAAAUCAGAACACAAACAACCAUACAAUUACGGUUAUCAAGUAGAUGAUGGAUUCGGAAAUGUUCAACACCAAGAAGAGAGAGGAGAUGAUUAUGAAACCCGAGUACAAACAUGA